GUUGGAGGGCGGCCCGGCUGAGCGGCAGACAGGCGGCCGAGUCUCGGGUAGCUGUGCGCUUCUGUUUGAAUAAAGAGCAUCAUGUCUGCGAGGAGGAAUAUCGGAGACCCGGAGAUUCUGAAGAAAAGAAUCCCUCAGAAUCCAAAGUACCAGCAUGUGAAGACAAGGCUUAAUACAGGUAGCAGCAUGACCAAGUAUUUGGAACGGAUUGAAGAGAUUAAGAGAAAUUACAGGUAUAAAAAAGAUGAACUUUUCAAACGGAUUAAAGUUACUACCUUUGCACAACUGGUACUUCAAGUGGCAUCUGUAUCGGAUGAGAGUGAGGCGGCUGACAUUACCAGCGAGGAGCUGCUGAGACUGGAAGAGAGCAAUUCUGUCAUGUCAGAAGUGGAUGCCGAGCUUAUGACUGACCGGACUAAUGGAAAAGGAAGUCCAUACAAUGUCCCUUUAAGUCCAAUUCUAUUAAUUGACACUAUAGGAGGAGGAGAAUGUGUCAAUUCUGCACGAUCAACCCUUCAGAGUGUUAUUAGUGGAGUUGGAGAAUUAGACUUGGAUAAUGAUCCCAAGAAGACAAGUAAAGAUCUUCUGCCUAGCCCAAGAUCCCUGGAUAAGCCUUACCAAGAUUGCCCAUUUCUUCUCCUCGAUGUACGUGACAGAGAUUGUUAUGAUCAGUGCCAUAUUAUUGGAGCUAAAAGCUAUCCCACUGCAAUGCUUGCCAGGACAAUGAAUCCAUUCACAACCGAAAUCCUAAAUUAUAAAAAUGCUCAUGGCAAAAUUAUUAUCCUUUAUGAUGAAGAUGAGAGGAUAACCAGCCAAGCUGCAACAACAAUGUGUGAGAGAGGAUUUGAAAAUUUAUUCAUGCUUUCUGGAGGUUUGAAAGUCAUAGCUCAGAAAUUUCCGGACGGCCUCACAACUGGCUCCUUCCCAGUCACCUGCCUGCCCCAACCAACCCAAUCCAAAUCUGCUCGGAAGCGAACCACCCCAAGAGAACCUUCCACGACUGCAGAGAACAAGUGUAGAUUUUCUAGUGAAGACCUGGAAAAAAUAGAGCAACACCUGGAGAAAUUGCUCAUGCCAACAGACACUGCCAGCCGUCUCAGCAGAUUAUCCACUGGAAGAUCGGAUUCAAAAACAGCCAACUCAAGAAAUAGCCAAGUCCCAUCGUCUGCCAGUUCCAUCAGUUCCCGAUCGAUCCGCAGCAUCAGCCCGCACUCCAAACCAUGGAAAUAAUUAGUAUUCAGCCUCGCAAUAAACAACUGUUUUCACUCUCCUCCACGUGUCUUCCCCAGUAGAGCAGUUCUUAUUCAUGCUCCAGCAGUAUUGCUAGCUUGACAAUGGUUGAAGGGGAUACAAGACACCUAGAAUGCUGUUUACAGGAUAUUCUAAAUCAAUGUAUAGAAAGAACAAUUUAUUUAUAUAUACCGUUAAAAUAUUAUAUAUGUGUGUAUAGUUGGUUGCUGUUUCUUUGUCGGUCAUAGAACAGGUCCCUAAGGGCUCCUGAACUUCAGGUUUAGAGAUUGCUUUUACCUGGUUCUUGUACAUAACACUACACCAUGUUCUCUUUUACUGUCUGACUUCACGUCUGUCCUUAUAAUCUGAUCCAAAAUGACAGGACACACUGCAAAUAUAAUGAGCCCAUUACACAUAUAUUAUGUUUUGAAGACUUUGUUUAUUCGUGCAGUUUUGUUAACUGCUUGAUCUGUAAAAAAUAUUUUUUUAAGAAGGUACAUAGUAUAUGUGUGGGCAUUGUUUCUUUUAGGCUUCUUUUCUAAUCUUUCGUCUAAUCCUUUUGAAAUUGAGAGUUUUUGUGUUUUAAAUUGUGUUAUAAUAUGGUAUUUGGGAGAUCUCUCCAGGAAUGUGUAUAGGGUUGCAUAGGAGAACUAAUUUAUACUUUGAUAACAUCUGCAUUGCUGUCAUAGACCUGGUACAUUAAUACACCAUACCUGUGUGAUCUUGGAAUGUGAAUGUGUUGUGCAGUUUGGAGAAAAAGAUAUCUGGCAUUGUUCUGGAAUCUAAUAAAGAAUUAUGGGGGUCAUUUAUGAAGCUGAAAUACACCUAUAUUAGGCGUAUUUCAGGCGCAGGUUGUGGUUCGGUGAGUCGCAAUCUGCAACUUCUCCCCGCUUAUGUCAGGUCUAAAAUAGGGGGUGGCAUGGACAGGGAAGGGGGGGGGGCCGGCAGGAACAUUUAGAAGAGGCGGUGGAUCCGCCGAAGUUAUGAGGAGGCCUGCGCCAGGUAUAGGGCUUAUUAAGACUGGUGUCUAAAACACUGCUCUUAAUAAAUGACCCCCUAUAUCUACCUACCUAGAUAGGAUGGAUCGAGCUAUAGAUGGAUACAACUCUUUAUCAGACUCCUGUACAAUGCCUGGUAUUAAAAGAGCUGUCCGAGAUAAUCUAAAAAUCUUGGACAACACUUACAAUGUCUUUAAAAUACAAAAAAACAUAUGCUGUUUGUUUACAAAUGGCAGCAGUGACAUGCCUAUAUACAGCAUGUGAUGACUGCUGCAAAUCAGUGCCCUCUACGUUCUACAGCUGAGUACAGUUGACUGACUGGAUUGGGCAGGUAACCGAUGCAAAGAUAGGCGCAGAAGUGGUGAGUAUGUUAUAGUUCUUGAUUUCAAGACAUUGUAGGAGUUAUCCAAGAAUUUUAAUCUGCUCGGACAACCUUUUUUAAGGUUACUCUUUAAAAAUGCAAAUAACAAAACAAAUUUUGUACAGAUGCUGAUGGUUUCUUGGUGGUAGUUUGGAAGUCAGCAGAACUGUGAAUGUAGCUCUGAAAAACUAAGGAUCAGCAUACCACCAUGUAAGGUAGAUGUUCCAAUUGUCAACAUAACAUUACCUUUCUUGUGAAAAGCUGGUCCUCUAAUCCUGAAAAGCGCAUAUGUUUAUGCUAAUAAUGUUUUCGGUUCCUCAUGGGUGGAGCCACUGCAUUUGGUGCAUCAUCGUUUUGUCAGUAACUCCGUCCAGGCCUCCCUCUCUUGUUUGACAGCCUCUGAGAUUUCAUCGCCGAUGCCAAUCAUGCGGGCAGCCAGAUCUGCUGAACAGAUCACUGUGCACUGAAAACUUUUUCUGCACAAUAAAAAAAAAAAAGCCUUUUUCUCUGGAUUAAGAGCUGGAUUUUCCCAAGAAACAUAUGGGUAUGUUUCAGGGUACCUGCCCUGUAUAGGGGGAUGCUUACUUCAAUAUUGACUAUGAAAGUGAGAGACCCUCUCUAAUGUCUUCAAAGAUGCUGGCAUGGAACUAAAGUCUAAUUUACACCAGUUUCCUAGCAUAAAUUGGAAUAAAUGUGCCAGCUUCUACCAUCUGCUUUACCUCCAUACAUUUUUUGAAAAAUGGUGAAGAGACCACAAAACGCCAAAAAAAUUACUUUAUCUUGCUCAAGCAGUGCAUGCACCUACAUCUUUUAACUUUUUGUCUCCAGUUUUCUGGCCUAUAGGGGUUUGAACAAACCAUUAUCUGCACAAGAUGAUUACAUUCCAACUAUCCAGCUCUAGCCUUUUUCGCUCAACUGUAUGAUCCGUGAAGUGAGAGCCGCUGUCCAGAAGAUUCUUCUGGUCUUUGUGCCUAUGCUUGGGAUAUUCCCCUGACUUCUAUUGCCAUAAACCUCCUGAACCUUCUUCUUUGGCGGUAUAUAGAAUGACAAGGACUUUGCCUGGAAUUAUGCAUUAAAUUGCUAACAUUCAUAAAACUAUUAUUCCAAUUUAUUUUUUUACCGUAAAGGAUAUGGCUGCAACUGGUGCUUUAUAAACCAGAUGAGUGUUAUUGUGGGUUUCAGUGUAGGUGUAUAUAUUGCUAUAACAACUACUAUUACACUUGCCAAUUUAGCUCUGACUCCUGCAUUUUAUUACACUCCAACUCCUUCAUAAAUGGCAAAUAUAGUAAUGACAGAUUUACCGUAGUAAAAUGGUGACAUCUGACUGUUUCGCACCACCAUGGAAGUAAUCUGGCUACUUGGAUAGAACUUAAACCAUAUUUAUUGGGCUAUACAUUUCUAAAUUCCUGUAAGUAAAUAUGCAAUGGACUGUGCAUUUAAUAACUGGGAAACACUGUUAUACACUGAUUAAUUGUAAGAAAUCUAUGAAUUUGGUCUCAGAAAAAGUUAUAAAAGCUACACUAUAUAUGUAUGUCCUGGAAAUGCAGAGAAUCCUGUGCAAAUCUAAAUGUGAAUAAA